CGAGGCAAGUGAGAGUUGGAAUGUUCAUUUUCCCUCUCGCCAGACUCGAGUAGAGGGAUAAGGGGGUUUUAUAGAGAGAGAGAGAGAGAGGAAUGGCGAAGCUGAGGACGGCGAUGGACUGUGCAUUUUGGGACGUGAACUUGUCGUCGGCGGCGACGGUGGAUGGGGUGGCAAGGGCCGUGCCCGGCGACCCGUUUCCGGUUGGUCUGGCGAGGGCGGGAACCACACUCAGAGCGCAGCAGCUCCCGGUAUUCGCCAGGGGCUUCCCUCUAGGCCUCGUCCCCAACUUCUGUCCUCCUCUGCCCUCCUCUUCUUCUUGCACCGCUUCUGGCUCUCCCUCCUCCGCCGCGGCCUCGCUGAAGGACACGCACGGCUCAUUCGCCCUCCAGACCCCUCUCUUCAUCAACCCACCUUCCUCCAACUGGUGGGUUACUUUGAUGGCGCAACUUCGCCCAAAAAAAUUGUUCACUUCCAUUAAAGCUGAAGUUACUGGUGGUGAUGAGCUGGAAAUUCCUGGACUCAUGAGUAUUUUGAAGAUUGUUUGUGAUAAAACAUUGUACGCUGCAGGGCUCUGUUCCCAGCUUCCUCUUACACCAAAUUCAUCUCUGGUUCUUAGUACAGAAGCUCAUGGUGGGCAAGGGAAACGCUCCAAAGCCAUCUACUUUCAUAAGUUUUCACAUCAUGAUGUUACCCUGGAAGCAGCAUGGCCUGAGCUCUUCAUUGACAGAAAUGGAACUUACUGGGAAGUGCCGGCUUCUGUAUCCCUGGAUUUGGCUUCCCUUGUUUCCAAGUCUGGCUUACGUUAUCGUUUUGGUAUACACAAAAAUGGUGGACAUCCUCAACCACUUAACACCACAUGUCUUGAUGUACCUGCAUCCCUAAUGCCAGGGUGGUGUGCCAAAGCUGCUUUUUCCUACGAGAAGAAUAUGGACAUCUGGAGGGAAAAAGAUAACCCACAGGAUGCAAUAGUGAGGACCAAAGAGCGAAAAUUCUUGAGGAUCCCAUAUGACAUACGUAUGAAUGAACCUCAUUCAGCUGUCUCAGGACUUAUUGGUGGUGCAUGUGCAGCCUGGCUUGGUGGCAACAUCAACUUAUGUUGUAAUCCAACUAAGCACUUAGGUGGAGAGAACCAGGGAUCUGAUGGCUUUCCAUAUUCAUUGAGCAGAUCCCCUUUUAGCGCAGACUUAUUCGGUUCACUACGCUAUACUUUGCAGCAUGGGAAAUUCAGAGAAAGCUUUUAUGACUUCACGCGUCUUGAUGCUCGCUUGGAUAUUUGCUCAGGUGCUGCAUUUGCAAAGGGAGCAAGAUAUUUCCUCUCUGAUAUGUUAAAAAAACCAAGUGAGCGAAGGAAGGUGAACCCACUAGCAUCACCAAAGCUUAACAUCAUUUUUCAACAACAGGUUGCUGGGCCAAUUGUUUUCCGAAUUGAUUCAAGGAUUUCCGCAAACUCUCCUGCAACUGGAAAGCACUUUCCUCAUGUGGAAGAUGUUAUGUAUAGCUUAUGUUACUCGUUGAAAUUACUGGAGUCUGGGAAGGUUGUAUUUUGGUAUUCACCCAAGAGGAAAGAAGGCAUGGUAGAACUGCGCCUUUUUGAGUUCUGAAAUGUAGUUGCAUGAUUUCUUUGUGUCCAAGUUCAAUUGGCACCAGGUAAGCCUUUUUA